UCCUAGCUGAUCCCUGCUGCUGGAGACAGCACGCCUUCUGCACAGAGCGCAGCAGAGACAGCUACCUGUAGGUGUUGGUUAUGGCUGCGAUUUAUCAAGCAGUGUAUAGAAGAGCUUCCUCUCUCUUCUGCAGGUUACACUCUACCUAUGUUAGAAAAAUGAGAUACUUAAACGAACUGAAGGAAGAUGACAGCCUUUGUAGACAAGCCCAGACCUCAGGAACUUUCUACCUCUUUCACAAUCUCUCCCCCUUCCUGCAGAAAGUUGGGAAGAAAUAUUUGGUACCGCAGCUCAGUGCAGCAGAGAUGAAAAGGAUCCUGGAGAAAUUCAAAGAGACUGAACAGUGGAUAGAGAAGUCGGUGCUGAUGGGUUGUUCAGACGAGCACGUACCACACUUUGCCCUGGAUUUAGGAGCCUUGGAGAAAUCAGUCAUUGAGUCUGAACUCAAGGGAACCUUUACUGACUUACGAAAGGCUCUCUUUGUAGUGGAUGGGAAGGAUUCUCCUUUGCUGGCUUCGGCCCAGUCCCUUCUCCGGUGGCACGAUUCCCACCAGUACUGUAGCAAAACUGGGCAGCCCACUCAGAAAAACGUAGCUGGCAGCAAGCGUGUCUGCCAUGCCAGCGGAAUAACUUACUAUCCACAGAUGUCUCCAGUUGUUAUCACCCUGGUGUCUGAUGGGAGCCGGUGCCUCCUCGCACGACAGCCCUCAUUUCCUCAGGGGAUGUACACCGCUCUGUCAGGCUUCUGCGACGUGGGUGAAAACGUGGAGGAGACAGUGCGGCGAGAGGUGGCAGAAGAGGUGGGCCUGGAGGUGGAGUCACUCUGGUACUCAGCUUCUCAGCACUGGCCCUUUCCCAGCAGCUGCUUAAUGAUAGCUUGUCACGCAUUGGUGAGAGCGCAGCAGGCUGAGAUCAGUAUGAACAGCCUGGAACUAGAGGAAGCACGCUGGUUUGGCCUGGAGGAAAUCCUGGAGGGUCUCAAGAGAGAGCCCAGAUCUUCAAAGCAAGACGAUGGUAGUUUUUUACCCUGGUUCCCUCCCAAACAGGCCAUUGCUCACCAGCUGAUUUGUGAGUGGGUUAAGCAGCAAACUUCCCAGCCAGCUUAGGCAUGACUUCAUCAAGUCUGCGAUUCUACCGGAACUACGAAAGCUCGAUACAAAAGCUUCCAAAGUUACUGAAGGCCAAGUCUGUGUUACGGUGAGGAUAGCACCAGACGGAUGGCAGUCUUACACUCAGAUACAUAGGCCUACAAAGCCAUUUCUAAACUGAUCAUCCUCAGACAAUUCUGUGUACAGUGGAUCACCUUUGAGAUCCCAUGACUUGCAGUAAAUGUACAAUAAAAUUCUUAGUCCCAAAGCAUCAAACUUAUUGUGACCAGCAAGCAACAGAAGAGUGAGCCCCUGGCACCUAUGUCCCAUUUUCCUCCAUUUUAUUCAUCUUGGGCGGAUAUCAAAUGCACAAUUUUUCCAGAAAAAAAUGAAGGGACAGUGGCACCUUUCAGUGUUUGCAUUUAUAUGGAUCUGGAAGAACUAUCAAAAAAGCAGAAAAAAAGUCACUGCCUGUAUGCUCUCCCCUUCUUCUGUUUCCCUUCCCAUUCAGUCUUCCAGUUGCAUAUAAAACAUCCUAUUUUUUUGGAAAAUUUUAAGUGGGCUCCUACUUCUUUGAGAUCUCUGAGCAACUAAAAAUAUCUCUAGAGGCACCAUUUUUCUCACCAGUAAGACAGUGUUACUUCCACCCCAAGGAAGACAGAACAGAGCUACCUGGUGGUAGAGAGUGGAAGAGCAAAACCUACAUAUAUGCAUAUUAGAAGAACCCAGAUAAUGCAAAGGUGAGAGGAAUUGCUGCAAGAAAGGACUGCACUUCCAACAGAGAAAAAUCCUGAGAGGCACAAUGCCUCCUACCCUGUGCCAAAAGUCUGUGGCUUGCCUGGAGAGCUCGUCUUGUUUUAUUGAUGAAAUGGUAUCACUUCUCUGGAGGGAGAGCGACAAAGAGACAGUCUGGGCAAGGAAAGCUUAGUAAAAGAGACAGAUGGAAGGAUGUUUGAUCUGCUGCUGAUUCAGGCUGACAGUCCUUUCUGCCUACUUGGCCAGAGUUUAAAUGCCCAGAUUGCAAAGCCAUCAGUCCAGAUACUUGAAGGGGGAACAGGAAUGUAUCACUGACUGCCACCGUUAGGAUUCACUGCAGGUGAAAGACCUUUUGAGCAAUGGUAAAAAUCUGGAGUCAUGACACCUGAGCAAUAAGUAAAAAAGAAGGCUAUCUCACACCGUUGAGGCAUGCUUUGUUUCCUCAGGUUAAUUUUAUUUUAGGAGGUUGGGAGGGGAUUCUUUCAGGCCAUGGUGGCAUGU